AAGAAAAGCAAUUACUUAUUGCCAUUUGGUUUAUGGCUACACCUGAUUCUUAUAGAUCUGUAGCUACGAAGUUUGGAGUGGGUAAAGCAACUGCUUUUCGAGCAUUGCGACGUGUUACAUAUGCUCUUCAUUGCGUUGCUCCUCGAUUUAUUACAUGGCCAAGAGAUCAGGUUGCCAUAAAUACAAUGGAACAAUUUGAAAGAUCAUGUGGUUUUCCCAAUAUAAUCGGAGCUAUAGACGGGACACAUAUAAAAAUCCGAGCUCCCUCUAAAGAUGCAGACUCGUACAUAAAUCGAAAGGGUUUCCAUUCUAUUAACGUGCAAGUAGUAUGUGAUUCUUAUGGUCAUUUUACACACGUAUAUGCUGGACAGGUUGGAUCGGUCCAUGACUCUCGAGUCUUUCGGAACUCUGCAGUAGCUCGUUUUGUUGAAUUGCCUGAAGAAUAUUUUCCAAAUGAUUCACAUAUUAUCGGAGAUGCUGCAUACGGUAUUAAUCCUCAUAUAAUGGUGCCUUUUCGUAAUAAUGGACAUCUAACAGAUCGGCAAAAAAAUUUCAAUUAUUGUUUGUCAUCCACAAGAAUGGCAGUUGAACGUGCUAUAGGGUCCUUGAAAAUGCGCUUUAGAAUACUCCUAGAUUGUUUGCCAUUAACAGACACCAAAAAAGUUCCAGAAUUUAUUUUAGCAUGCUGUGUGUUACAUAAUAUCUGCCUACUCAAAAAUGAUGAAAUGCCUUUGGGUGUACAAUUGACGAUGACAUGUGACGAAGAAGUCAACUUUGUGAACCACAAUAAUGUAACAGAAUUAGGAAGAGAAAAGCGAAUAAGAAUUAUGAAUACGCUACGAAUGAAAAUAUAAUAAAUCCUUUUCUUAUAUAAAUGUUUAUAAAAUAAAAACAUGAAAA